CUGCACCUAUUCGCAGGCUGCGGCGGCCGCGGGAGAGACGUCCACGGCGGCGGCGGCGGAGCGGGCGGCCGAGCAGGGCGGCGGCGACUCGCGCAGGGAGCCCAGAACCGGAGCAGCUGUGCUAUUGUCGUCUGCAGCCCAUCGCUGGGUUUGUCUGCGCAGGCCAGGGGUGACUGCUGUCAGCAUCCUCGAUAAGCCGGCUCCCAGCUGUCACAGCAGGCGGUCCCUGGCGAGGGCCCGGCGGGACAGGGAAGCUGCAGUUCUCGAGGGGCCACAGUCCUGCUUCGGGAGCCCACUUGGCCUUGGCCUGACAGCUGCUCAUCUGCUUCAUCCCAUCAGCCUGGAUUGGUGAAACUGAGUCACAAGAGCUAUUUCCAGGUUUGCUGGGAUGGGAAACCUGCUCAAAGUCCUUACCAGGGAAAUUGAAAACUAUCCACAUUUUUUCCUGGAUUUUGAAAAUGCUCAGCCAACAGAGGGAGAGAGAGAGAUCUGGAACCAGAUCAGCGCUGUCCUCCAGGAUUCCGAGAGCAUCCUUGCAGACCUGCAGGCCUACAAAGGGGCAGGCCCAGAGAUCCGAGAUGCGAUUCAAAAUCCGAAUGACAUUCAGCUUCAAGAAAAAGCCUGGAAUGCAGUGUGUCCUCUGGUUGUGAGGCUAAAGAGAUUUUAUGAGUUUUCCAUAAGGCUAGAAAAAGCUCUUCAGAGUUUAUUGGAAUCUCUGACCUGUCCGCCCUACACACCAACCCAGCACCUGGAACGGGAGCAGGCCCUGGCAAAGGAGUUUGCAGAAAUCUUACAUUUCACCCUUCGAUUCGAUGAGCUGAAGAUGAGGAACCCGGCCAUUCAGAAUGACUUCAGCUACUACAGGAGAACAAUCAGUCGCAACCGCAUCAACAACAUGCAUCUAGACAUUGAGAAUGAGGUCAACAACGAGAUGGCCAACCGAAUGUCCCUCUUCUAUGCAGAAGCCACGCCAAUGCUGAAAACCCUUAGCAACGCCACAAUGCAUUUUGUCUCUGAAAACAAGACCUUGCCAAUAGAGAACACCACGGACUGCCUCAGUACAAUGACGAGUGUCUGCAAGGUCAUGUUGGAAACACCGGAGUACAGGAGUAGGUUUACGAGUGAAGAAACGCUGAUGUUCUGCAUGAGGGUGAUGGUGGGGGUCAUCAUCCUCUACGACCACGUGCACCCUGUGGGAGCCUUCUGCAAGACGUCCAAGAUCGACAUGAAAGGCUGCAUAAAGGUUUUGAAGGAACAGGCCCCAGACAGCGUGGAGGGGCUGCUGAAUGCCCUCAGGUUCACUACAAAGCACUUGAAUGAUGAGUCGACUUCCAAACAGAUUCGAGCGAUGCUUCAGUAGAGCUCUGCUCAGAGAAGAGGAUCUAUGUGCUGACCUCAGAAGAUGUAUAUGUUUACAUAAUUUAAUACAGAUUGAUGUUAAUACUCGUGUAUUUACAUAACCAUUUCCUUCUUGUCACUGAAAUAUAUGGACCUUAAUUUGUAUCCUGACUGACUCAACCCAGCAGAACAUAAAUUGACUUGAGAGCCUUACCUUUGAUGUUCAAAAUGAAAUCCCCUUCUCCAAAGGCAAAAUUUGGAGACUUUGAUCUUUGCUACUGGAGUCCUUUAAUCACACCUGUCACAGUCAGAAAUUCCGAAUAGUUUGUGGUAGUGCUUUAAUUCUAGAUGUGUUAUCUCUCUGGGAAGCAUAGCUUAUAGAAACACGAAGUAUUUGAUUUCCUGUGUCAGCUCAGCUACAGGAAACACAACUGUUAUCCUGAUGGAGAAGAGAAAAAUGCACAUGGAGAAUCCAACCCAACUGUUCUGAAUUCAGUACACCCGCUCUCUUUCCUCAGACAGGAGCCACACGUGCAGCUUUUCUGUGGGCAUGUGUUUUAUUAAUCAGCAUAUUCCUUUUCUGUCUGGUUUAUAUCUCUCCAAUGUUCCCUUUUAAUUCCGCAAGAGGAAAAUCACCUCUGUUUUAAUCAGUUCGAGAAAGCAGCAGGAAUAGAUAGAUGUCUAUUGCAGCUGAGCUGAUACAGGUGGUUGUGUUGGAAGUGGGGGACAGGCUAGAGGAGGGGACAUGCAGGCAAUAAAACAUUUCAUAUCCCUGCUUCAGCCCUGUGCCUGUAGCGACAGGGAAAUGGAGCCCCAACUUUGAGCCUGUGGGUAAAUUUGCCAACCUUCGGAGUGCCAGGUGCACAGUCCUCCUGAUAGGAGCUCUGUUCUCGGUCCACCAUGCAUGUGUUACCAUUUUCUGGUUACCUGGUGUUUAAUAAGCAGCUCCUCCCUAUUCUACCUGGCUAGCUUUUCGAAGAAUGAAGACUGAGUACCUGGAUGGAGCCCUAGCCCUACUAAUGCUUUACAAUGUGACCUUGGGAAACUUGCUUAAGCUCCCUGCAUCUCACCUGCCUCAUCUAUAAAAUAGGCAACUAAAACAGAUCAUCUCCAUGAUCUUUGGUGGCUGGGAGCCAGUGAAAUGACUACUCUGCCGUUUUUCCUUUGUGAGUAGAGUUCAGUGAGCAGCUGUCCACUUUCUCUUGAUAAUGAAUGACAUUCCAAGGCCUGCAGUAAUUCUGUGGAUCAGAGCUGAAUUGGAAUAGAAGCUUGACUUCCUUCUAUUCUGACCUCCAGUGGAAAAUGAUACCAGGAGGGUGUGGUCAGAGAGGGGGUGGGUGGCUCCCACACAGUAGGCCCUGAAACCCAGGAUAUGUCCUCCUGACUCCAGGCUCUUCCUUUGUCACCAUGCAGCCUGUGAAUACCUUCUGUGGGAUGCAACUGGACCCUCUGACAUAACCCCUCAGUCUGGCCUGAGUUAUUACUUGUCUGCUUCCACAAGAAGGAAAGACUCUCCCUGCAGUUAUGAAUAAUAAGUCUAACCCUAGACUAUUGGUUUUGAUUCAUCAGAGUUUCACAUCAUUCCCAAUAGCCCAAGAAAUGAACUGUAAGAUUCCAGUGCUUUCUGGACUGUAGUGGCCAGCCCACAUUCCUGUUAGUCCUGUAAGAAAAGGGAAGAAGUGUUUGUUUUGUUUUAGCAAAGAAAUGCAGUCAAGUGGCAGGAGAAAUUCUCUGGUCUAUAUCUAAACAUCGGUCAACAGAGAGAGGUAAAGCCCUAUCCUUGUGGGGAUUUCAAGUUGAGUAAGCACAGCUGCUUGGAAUGAGUUUCAUCAGAACACAAAUCUACUGAAUGGCCUCCAAGAUUUUCUCACACAUAGGGAUCCUAAAACCUUGGAAGAAGCCAGAAAAUGUGGUAACACGAGAUGAGUAAGGUCAUUAAAUAUUCACCUUAGGAAGUCUUCGAUUUAGCAGCCCUGAUUUCCACUUGGGCAACAACUGUCAGGAUUAGAAAUAGAUAUGCAGUGUUUAGCAUGGUCUCGUCCCUUGUCCUCCUUUAUCAGGUGACGGGAUGAAGGCUUGAAGAGAAGAAAGGGUUUUUCAACCCCUACAGGGCUCUUGAGGCAUCAGGGACUUGAAUCCAAGUCAUGCAUCUCAUAGGCCACAGCUGGCUAAGUGGGAAAAUGUUAAAUUAUCUGUCGAAUUAUGUAUAUGUAUAUAUAUAUACAUAUAUAUAAUAUAUAUAAUUUGAAAGAUAAUAUGUAUUUCAGAGUAAAUAGUUGAGCACAUUUAUAAUUUUUAAUUACCCUAUCAAAUAGGACCAAACAUAUAUGAGGGGUUGCUGGCUUGUUCCAAUUAGCCAGGCCUCUGUUUUUCAAAGCCAAGAUAUACCAGUAGAUGGAUUCUGGAAAGUCCAGGGUCUGAAUUGUUGCCUCUGAUUAUCAGGAGGACAGGUUAACUGAAUGUCUGUGAUCACUAGCUGGUGAGAGGCCUUGGGUCCACAUCAGAGCUGUUGUGGGAGACAUAUUCUUUUAACAGACUGUCCUCCAGGCAUCAGGAGUCCGUGAACAAUCACUUGUUUCAUGCUGCAUGCACGUGUGUCCAAGCCUGUGGGUGGUUUAGGGGAAAGUGCUAGCGACAAUGUCAAUGUCAAUAUUUCAUAUUUGAUGUCUCAUAGUUUUCAAAUAAACAGUGUUUUCCAUGA